UUGAUGGAAGUUUGACAUCCUGCAAGGAGUGUGACAUCACAACCCAAACAGAUUUUGAAACCCUGCAGUCCCGCAUCAUGGGCAGCAGCAGUGUCAGCCUCACUCCCGCCACUCAUGCCCGCCUGGCCCUUCAGGACCCCACCCUUACCAGCCUGGACAAACCUCCUGAAGAAGGUGCCUCUGGGUACUACAUACCAUUCUGUGACAUGUUGUAUGCUGGUGAGGGGGGCAGCUGGGCAUCUAAGGGGUUAAUUCCAGUUGGCCACAGAGAUGAAGGGCAGAAGGAGCCAGAGCAAUGUCCUGUUAUAGACAGCCAGGGUCUUCAUCAUGAAUUGGAGUACCAAACCUCCUUAAGUCUAGAAGAUCACUCACUGGAACAAAUGCAGACUAUGGUGGUAGGAGAAGUUCUAAAGGAUAUUGAGACUGCAUGUAAACUUCUCAACAUUUCCGCAGAUCCCAUGGAGUGGUCCCCAAGCAAUGUGCAAAAAUGGAUUCUUUGGACAGAGCACCAGUAUCGACUCCCGCAGGUUGGGCGAAGCUUCCAAGACUUGUCAGGGAGAGAUCUAUGCGCUUUGAGCGAGGACAGCUUUAGAGACCGGUCGCCGUUGUGCGGAGAUGUCUUGUAUGCUCACCUGGACAUCUGGAAGUCAGCUGCCUGGAUGAAAGAGAAGACAGGAACUGGGGACAUGCGAUUUUGUGGCAACGGAGCAGUUGGUGAAUGCUGGGCCGACACUGAGGUGGACUCCUCCAGUUCUGGGCAACCUAUCCAUCUUUGGCAGUUCCUGAAAGAGCUUUUGCUAAAACCGCAUAAUUAUGGACGCUCUAUUCGCUGGUUGAACAAAGAAAAAGGUAUCUUCAAGAUAGAGGACUCGGCACAAGUUGCUCGCCUUUGGGGUAUUCGAAAGAACCGACCAGCCAUGAACUAUGACAAGCUUAGCCGCUCUAUUCGCCAGUACUACAAGAAGGGGAUCAUCCGUAAGCCUGACGUGUCUCAGCGUCUUGUCUACCAGUUUGUGCACCCACUGUAA